CGUAACGCACGACGUAGCUCGAUCUACGCGCCUCAAAUAACGUCACGCGCGAGUGCACAGCUUAAUCUCCGUCUCACGGGGAGACAAUUUCUACCCGACGCCCCUUUCUGCAUCGCCGCCUUCGGAUACCGGUUCUCAGCGCCGGAGAGAGAGGAGCCCUCGUGAAGCGGAAAGAAUCAUAAGUGGUCUUUUCCCGACAGAAAUGUGCAUGUGUACGACGCUUCUUCUGUUUGCGCUUGUGGCAGCUGCGUCCGGCGCGGUCCGCUACUACGUGCCCGUGCUGUCGCUGCUCGCUGAGGCGUUCGGAACCCUUGUGCUGGUGGGAUGGGGCUGUCAGAAGUCGGCCGCAUUUAUUCGUCGACGACUUUUUGGACGGAUUCUGGACAGUGCGGGGAAGGCCGUGCUCAUUACAGGUUGUGACACAGGGUUCGGCAACCUGCUGACAAGAAAGCUGGCAACAAAAGGUUACCAUGUCUACGCCGGGUGCCUCUUCUCAAACGGAGGUGGAGCCCAGGAGCUGGCGAGCAUCUCCAACGUUACAGUUUUACAGCUCAAUGUGACCAAAGAAGAUGAGAUCGACGCAGCUUACGAAGCCGUCAAAAGGAGCCUUGGGCACAACGUGCUCUGGGCCGUGGUCUCGAACGCCGGUACGCUCAAUGUGGGAUUCAUCGAGUGGCAGAGUACGAAGACAAUCCGAACUGACUUCGAAGUGAGCGUCCUAGGAGCAGUGAACGUAUCUAAGAAGUUCAUGCCGCUCCUCAAGAAAUCCCGAGGUCGUCUCCUUUUCGUCUCCAGCAUCGCGGCCCACUUCACCGGUCCCGGCUCAGUGGUGUACUCCAUGUGCAAGCACGCCAUCUCCUCACUGGCUGAGGGUCUCCGUCGAGAGUGCCAACGCUACGGCGUUCAAGUAUGCUCCAUCGAACCCGCUGGUUACCGCACCGCGCUGAACGACCCUAGCGUACUCCUGGAACGGAUGAAGGCCGACCUGAAGAACGUUCCUCAAGAAGCCCUCAGCAGUUUCAGCGCCCACGACUACUCUGUUUUUACGGUAUCACUAGAUUGGGCCCUGAAUAUGACACUCAGUAAGAAGAUUGACGCCGUCAUCAACACAAUGGCGCUGUCAAUCGAAGAGUCUCACCCCCGGGCAGUCUACUCUGUCGGAAGUGUAAAGGAUCAGAUUGUAGUCAAGAUUAUGCAGACAUUGCCGACAGAGUGGCUCGACGCCAUGUUUGCGCUGCAAUGGAAGUUAAUAGAAUUGAGGAUGUCGAUCUAUAAAUAGCUUUUUUUCGAUUGUCUCUUUCUGCUAUUUCGAUGGACUGUGGCCUCUUUUGUCAAGCGAGCAACACAACAAAUUAGCAACUAAUGUAACUCUUCGGCAUCCAUUGGGAAGUAGUAAAACCCAUUUCCUAAGAAACAC